AUGUUCAACUCCAGAAAUCUUCACUCAAUGAAUCCAAAUGUCCGACAAGUAAAAGAAACUGCUAAACGUCAACUGAAUGUGAAAAUUGGAAUCAAUGACCUCACAAUUCUUCAUCUUGAUGAUUACAUUCGCGAAGCUUUGCUAGAUCCAAUUUACGGCUUUUCGACAAGUAAAUGGUUUUUGAGAAAGAACAGAUUGCCGAAUAAUUGUAAGGAGGAAAUUAAAAAAUUGAUAAAGACUCAUAUUUUCGAGGAAGGUGGAAGUGUUAUUCGUAAAGCAAUAUGUACCAUUCUUAGUUUAUAUGAAGAUGACGAACGCUUGAGCGUAUUGGUUGAAAACUACAUGCAACUAUUUUACGCCAAAUCUGGCUUUACAGCUGCUCCGUGUCACCAGUUUUCCACUGAACAACAUGUUGGAUUGAAAUUGAUUGCAACUAAAAAAUGGGAGAAAGAUGAGAUUCUGAAUUCACACAACUUCAAUGUCCUGUUCGAUACUAUUCCGUUAGAACUCAACGAGUACUCCGUGUCAAAACCAUCAGUUGGGCAAAAAGAACACAUUUGGUUAGGGCCCAGUUCAAUCGUGAAUCAUAGCUGUGAACCCAAUACAGUUUACGAACAUUAUGAAAAGAAAACUUUGUUGAAAGUGAUAAGACCAAUUGAAAUCGGAGAGGAAAUCACCGUAAACUACAGUAAAAAAUAUUUUUUCAAGUGCGAAUGCGACACGUGCAAAUUGAGCCAAGAAGAUAGCGACAAAGAAUUGGCAAAGACGUAUGCAUUAUACAAAAAAUUGUUCGACUCUGUUGAUUAUCCACCCGAGUUGAAGGAAAGUGCAGGAUCAGCAGAACAUUCCUUCACUCAACGAUUUUUGAUGAUCGAAACGCCGCAAAUUGACCAACAUUUGAGAACUUUUGCUAAGCAAACCAAAGACAUGGUUCAUCGAGUGCAAGUCAGUCGGAACUUGCUCUCCAAGGACGAGGUCAAUGAAAACCUAACAAGAAAUUGUUGGAAAAAUGCUGAAAAGCUGAUUCAAAUUGGGACGGUUUUCAUGACAGGUCCUGAAAAAUUGGAAGCCAAUGAUGUGGACGACUUGAAAAGUAUGGCGAAGUUUAUUGAAGUCUCAUCAAGCAUCAUGAAUCUCUGA